GGACGUGGGCUGCUGGAGGAGACGUGCUCAGCCCUCCGUCAGGGACAGCAGUGCCUUGCUCAGUGCUCUUGCAGCACCCUAAGUUCUCACCUUCAUCCGUGAGAUUGAUGGCUAAGGGAGGUGGUUUGUGGGUCUUGCUGCUGGCGUAACUCAGCCCUCCUUUGUCCUGCAGCUUGAUUUGUGAUGGGUUCCAAGGUGCAGGGGUUGGUGGCGUGCAGGGUAAGUGUGCACAAAGAGUGGGUCUGGAUUUGGGUUUCUAACCUUUCCUAAGCAGAGAUUUGCAGAGAAGUAGGAAUACAAAGCUUGGAAUGUGUGUGCAAAAAGCAAAUGAUGGACUGGCUGGAGGCAGUGCACAACCCAGGCUGCUCCUUGCACUUUCUCCUACUCCCAUUCCGCAUCCCUCAUUCUCCUCCCCCUGCAAUGCAGUGCACCCCGAGUUACCAUGGCCUUGGCAGCUGUGGGAGGAAGACAACAUGCGACCAGACAGGGCUCAAGGAAACUAUAGGAAGAUUAGGAAAUGUGUGAUGAGUUUUGAUAAGUGGAGGAAGCAGGUCACGUCCUGCUUGGAGGUAUGAAAGCAGCCUUCUCCAUGCUCAAGAAUCAGCUGCUCCUGUUGGCACGAACUGCUCCAGCCAGGGAUGCUGUGGGCUGGAGGGAUGAGGCUGGGGACGGCCAGGAUCUUGCUGGUGUUCAUCCAUGCAGCAGCAGCCUGCGAGUUCGGGCCAAUGCCAUACAGUGUCACUGGGAUCGUCUGCAGGAUGACCAAGCCCGCGGCGUUGCUGUUGAACCAGGAGACAGCACGGCUCAUUCAAGCUGCGUUCAAGAAUGCCAAAUUCCCAAACAUCACAGGGGAAAGGUCCAUGCGGCUCCUGGGCACGGUGGCUUACACGCUGACCAACAUCCAGGUCAGCGACUUGUCCAUAGCGCAGAGUGAGGUGGAGCUCAAGGAGAACGAUGCCAUUGAUAUAGCCAUCAAAAACGUGACAGCCUUCUUCAGAGGGACCCUGACUUAUGGCUAUGCGGGGGCCUGGUUCCUGCAGCUCUUUCACUCGGUUGAUUUUGAAAUUGAGUCUUCCAUUGACCUCCAGAUAAACAUAAAACUGUUAUGCCAGGAGGAGCAGGUGGCUGCUGACGCCUCGGACUGCUACCUGUCCUUCCACAAGCUGGUGCUGCAUCUCCAAGGAGACAAGGAGCCGGGCUGGCUGAAGCAGUUCUUCACCAACUUCAUCUCCUUCACCUUGAAGUUUGUGCUCAAGAGAGAGGUGUGCAAAGAAAUAAAUCUCCUUGCCCAGGUGAUGGCAAAUUUUGUCCACGACAUCGCAGAAAAUUUUGUCCAAGAUGAGGCCAUUGGACUCGAUAUCUCCCUUGCAUCAGAUCCUUUAAUUAAAGCAAAUUACCUAGAAUCACACCACAAGGGCCUUGUCCUGUACAAGAACUACUCUGACGUCCUCAGCGACUCUGUUUUCUCCCCAUCGCUGCUGUCUGAAUCCCGAAUGCUGUACUUCUGGUUGUCCGAACACAUCCUCAACUCCCUGGCUUCGGUGGCUUUCCUAGAUGGGCGCCUGGUGCUGACCAUCAGAGGGGAAAAGCUGCAGGCGCUGUUUGACUUUGAAGACACAGAAGCACAACAGAAGGCAGUGCAUUUGAUUUUCCAAGGCAACUCCUACAAUGAUUCUGAGGCCAAGGUGUGGAGUCUCGCCCUUCCUGAGAUCUCUCUCCAGCCUGAAGGGACAGUUGUGAAGUCAUUGGUAGCAGUGGAGAUCAGCAUCUUUCCCCCGGGAGAAGAGCCGCUGGCAGUUCUAUACAUGGAGAAGGAAAUCACCGUCACUAUCCAAGCUGCCUAUGUGGAAAAGAAACUCGUUUUGCGCCCUCUGGAUUCCAGGAUUGAGUUUAAAGUCUUUAACUGCACAGCUGAUCCAAAUGGAAAUGACCAGUCCAUAAGAAACUUCCUGCAGAAGAUGAUCUCAGCUGUUGGGAUCCCAGAAGUGAUUUCAAAGAUCGAAUCAGCUUUAACCUCACUGAUGAACAGCAAAAGGCUUCAUUUAUUUGAGAUUAAAAACCCUGAGAUCAUCACAAGAAAGAGAUACCUAAUUGUACAACUUGACUUUAGCUUCCCCAAUCAUUUGCUGCUUAACUUCCUCAAGAAAACGUUUUAGAACCGGUCUCUUUGUAGAAGCAGAUUGGGUGUGAAACAAAAUACAAGUUGGUUUGAAUCAG